AUGGCAAACACAAAAACGGAAGUCACGUACCCGACAAGCGCGGGUGACCAGCCAGAGGUCACCCACGUUUACCAGUAUACUCUGGCCCUUUUUGCGUCCCUCCCAUUAGAGGAGGAAGAGAAGGAGACGAUGGUACGUCUCCUACAGGGGAACGACUUCCUGACGGUCCGUGGCUACCGCCAAAUGGACGUCCUGGAAAGGGGGGAGGAGGCCCUGAAGAGGUCGUUCGACCUCAUGAUCAGAAAGUUCGCGGGGCUGCCAUUGGAGCCCGAUCCGAAGGACAUGGAGGUCCUAAUUGGUGUUCUCACCUCGGGAACACAGCUGAACGUGUGGUACGAAAAUCAUCUCGAUCUUCGUACCACGAUGGGGACCAACCCCGAUAUCGAGGACCUGGAGGGCUUUCAAGUCCUCUACCUAUUCUACGGGUUGGCUGCGAGGAAUCCUGUCCUUGCCAAAGCCCUGGAGGACUUUUUCGAGCCAAUCCUCCGCUUCGCAGAUAGCGCCUGCUUAGCGAAAAUGGAGGGCAGAGAAACUGUCCUCCAUCUGGGCAGCGGCAUCGCGCAGGAGAAGCCGCAGCCAGUCCAAGAGUGGGUAGAGGACGUUGCAAGAGCAACCGGGGCCGCUGCACCAGAGACGCAGCCGGGGCUUGUGCCCACGUACUACAGCCGCCUUCUUGAGAGGUGUGGCGAUGGAGGUAUUUUCCUCCAUCAUGCAAAAACGUUACGAGGAACGAGGUGGAUCUACAAGUUGACGGCCGAGAAAAACGGCGAAGUUGAUGCGUGCACCGGAUACGGUGCUACUCUAGAGGCCGCUCGCGAGAAUGCAGCCGCCAGAAUGCUGGCCAAAUUAUAA